AGAUGGAGGAGCUGCCGGCGGACGGCGUGUCUGCUCCUCUACCGGGAAGAUGUCGCUUUUAUGUCGCAAAGAAGAAGCGUUUCUGCAAAAUGAUAGUGGGGCGCGGGAAGACGCUUUGUGGGGAACACGCAGACGGGGGCCAAGAAGGUGAGAGAAGAAGAAUCCCUUGCCCGCUGGAUCCUAAACAUACAGUGUUUGAAGACAGUUUGGCAAAACAUCUGAAGAAGUGCAAUUCUAGGGAGAAGCCAAAGCCUGUGUAUUAUGUUCAAGAUAUCAAUGCCGGACCGCAAGAGAAUGAGGAACCUCUCGUAAAUGAGGUUCCCAUAGCUGAUCAUUCCAAGGUACAGUUGGAUUUGUUGAUUCAAAGACUAAAGAAGGCAGUUGAUGGGAUUACUUCUAAAUAUGAAGAAAGAAUAUUAUCCCACCCUGCUCUUAAUGAUGCUCUUAGUGACCCAAAAAAUGGUGACUCUGCAUUCAAACAUUUAAAGCAGCAAGCCUCCCUUCUGGGGAACAUGAACACCUUGGGCCUGCUGGGGGCAGACAGGUGUUUUAUCGAGUUUGGUGCAGGGAAAGGAAAGCUGUCCCACUGGAUGCAUGUUGCCAUGCAAGAGUGUCACAAUGUCCACUUCCUGCUCGUGGAAAGAUCAAGCACCCGCUUUAAGGUAGAUGGUAAACACAGAAGUGCAGACUCCAUAUUUGAAAGAUUACAAGUAGACAUUCAGCAUCUUAGCCUGCGUAGAGUCCCCUUUCUCAGAGAAAAGAAGCUUCCAAUUGUUGGAGUGGGCAAGCAUCUGUGUGGGGCAGCUACAGAUCUGGCUCUCAGGUGUCUGCUGGAGAGUUCUGGGAAGGAAACAAGUGAAGGGCCCGACCAGCCCCCCAAAAAACGCGCCAGACAGGACUGCGAAGCCGAGGCCCCACCCACGGCACUGGGGACAGCAGAUGUCGAGUGGGAGCCAGUGGUCUCUGGGCUGGCCGUUGCCCUGUGCUGUCACCACCGCUGCGAAUGGAGGCAUUAUGUGGGAAAGGAGUUUUUCCAGGAGCGGGGACUGGGUGCUGUAGAGUUUGCUGCCUACCAGCGUAUGUCCAGCUGGGCUACUUGUGGUCUCAGGAGAGCUAACAACAGCAAGGGCCACUACCCAGAAGAGGAGACUGAAGAGUGUGAAAAAGAGGAGGCAAUCGUACCGAAUAGCUUGGAGGAAGGUGUGUCAGCUGAGGAGCGUGAGCACGUGGGACGCCUGUGCAAAGUUCUUAUCGACUAUGGGAGGGUUCAUUUCUUGCGCCGCCAUGGCUUCACCUCCCACCUGCAUCACUACACCAGCAGAGACGUGUCUUUGGAGAAUGUGCUUCUCACUGCUGUACCCACCACAGCUGCUAGCUGAAGGAUCAAACUGGCAAAGGAGAUUAUGUGCAGUAGAUAUGCUGACCUGAACAUGUGGACAUGGCAAGGCAUCGAUUAAAUGGUGGUUUUAUACUAUUGUCUGAUGUCCAUUGAGUCACUACUUUCUGUAUGUCUGUUGGUAAGUAAUCUUCUUGCAUGGAACUCUAGAGUUGAGCAUCCUUUGCUUGGACGAGCUGAAAAGACAUCACUGACAGGAAGCAACAAGCAGGAUGAUACUGACAGGUUGCAGAGGACGUGCAGACAUGAGAUUGUUGGCUGAAGCAGCGAACAAAGCAAAAAGCAGUCGAUGCCACCCUCAGUAGCAAACGGUGCACAGGAAACUUCUGACGGAGCUUCAGGCAUAACAUCACUGGCUGGAAGCAGCUCACUGGAACAAUGGACAUGUCUCCGUUGAAUAGAAGCCGUGGACAUGUCAUUGUUGAGACGAAGCAGCGAAGAGGACGUAUUUGACAGGAAGCAAUAGA